AGAGACAAGGAGAGUGCUGCCUGACCUGAGAAAGCUGGAGUAAAACAAAAAGAUUUGUUUUGUAGGUGGAGUCAGUGUAGAUCAGGGGAGGGUGAGAAAUGACGACUUUGAACAUGUGCAUAGAAGUGUGAGGAGUGAGGUUUAGAGCUGCACUAGCUGAAGCAGGGAGUGAGAAAGACACUCAGAAUAGUAUUGUUUUUUUUUUUUUACAGAAGCUGCAGAGGCCCACAAGGCUGCAACAAAAAAAAAGGAAGUAAGAUAAUCAGCUUGGGAAAUGACAGUGUAAAUUAUUUGCUGUAGCUCCGCUCAGAAAGCAGGGAGGUCUUACCAUAGAAAUGAACGGUGAUGGCAGCAAACAGCGUUAUGUGUCUACUUUCAGGAUGCACAUCAAGCCACCCUGUGCAUCCUCUGCAUCAGGGAAGCAGUCAAGAUCAAAUGACACAAGGACUUUAGAAAAAUCUUCUGACGCAGGCCUCCCCUCCCUCCACACCUCUCUUCCACAUUCAGGGUGUCAUAAACUCCCUUCCAGUCAAUGCCUCGAUCCACCGGUCUUCAUAGAGCCCCUGCAGGACUGCUGUGCGGAUGAAGGAAGUGACAUCACUCUGCGGGGGGUUAUCACCGGCAGUCAGCCAAUCAAAGUGUCCUGGCUGCACAAUGGUGAAGUGGCCCAUUUUGGGGGUUCAUCCUUCGAUGGCAGGGAGAUGAGUUUUGUGGUGACAGAGUGCUUACCUGAAGAUGCUGGUGCCUACACAUGUCUGGCGGAAAACAAUGCCGGGAAGACGUCCUGCUGCGCUGCCGUGUUUGUCAAGGACUUUGAAACUAUCUAUGGUGCACAGAGUUGUGUCUCAAAGAACCCAACUUCUGCUUCUGAGGGGAAAACACAGAAUGGAAGGUCACCACGGUUCCCCAAAGACGAGCCACAGAACUUAAGAGCAUCUUUUUGUACCUCUCCCAAAGGCCCCGAUAAGCCUUGCCCUGUGUCAAGUUCAAAAGAAGUCAUCCCAAAGAAGAGAGCCAACUCAGGGACAGGAACACCAUUACACUUUGAAAACCCUCCACAGCAGGUCAACGUUGAGUUGGGCAAACCGCUCAGAGUGUCGUGUUUAUUCAGAAGCAGCGCUCCUGUUGUGUCCUGUUGGAUCAGAAAUAAAGAACAGAUAGUGGAUGGUCCGGAGCUGUGGGCAGAAAACACUGAUCAGUGCAGCACUCUUGUAAUUGCAAAGGCUAAACCACAGCACACAGGUCGCUACACCGUGGUAGUGAAGGACCGCAAUAGCUCAGCACAACACACACUCACUCUUUCUGUAAUAGAGAGGCCGCAGCCUCCAGCUUCCUGCCCUGUGAUCUCCCUCAUCUCCAUCACCAGCCUCGUGCUGUCUUGGUCGGGCCCUUGCUACGACGGCGGCAGUGUUGUCCUGGGUUAUGUGGUUGAGGUAAAGAACAAAGGUGGUGCUGAGCCUGGUGAAUGGAGAGAACUCACUGCCCAGUGUAAGAGUACAUCAUACAGAGUGAGCUCUGGGCUGCAGCCUCAACAGGAAUACUGUUUCAGAGUGAGGGCCUACAACACAGUGGGAAUAAGUGAGCCGGGACCAGUGUCACCAGUAGUAAGGAUGGAGCAGAAAGACAAACCACAAGAAGAGGAACCCCCUCAAGCCUAUUCCUGUGUCACUAUUGACUCCUCCAACAAAGUUACUGAUCACUACAAUUUGCUUGAAAAACUGGGAAUGGGAAAGUUUGGUCUAGUUUUCAAGCUAACCCACAAAGAAACUGGACGUGUGUGUGCGGGGAAGUUCUACAAAGGUCGACGUGCCAAGGAGAGAGAGGCUGCUCGUAAAGAGAUUGAGCUGAUGAAUUACCUUCACCACCCUAAACUGGUUCAGUGCAUCGCAGCAUAUGACCACAGGCCUGAGAUGGUCAUGGUCAUGGAGUUUAUCGCAGGUGGAGAACUGUUUGAACGCAUUGUGGAUGACAGCUUCGAGCACACAGAGCCGGCCAGCGCGCACUACAUGCAGCAGAUCCUGGAGGGGAUCGCCUACAUGCACCAGCAGAACAUCGUUCAUCUGGACCUGAAACCUGAAAACAUUGUGUGUGUUGACACCACUGGCACCUCCAUAAAGAUAAUCGACUUUGGAUUAGCCAGCAGGCUUGAUGGAAAAACACCUCUGAAGGUGAUGCAUGGGACUCCAGAGUUCGUGGCACCUGAAGUGAUUAGCUUCGAGCCUGUUGGUCAGGCCACUGACAUGUGGAGCAUCGGGGUCAUCUGCUACAUAUUACUGAGUGGUGAGUCUCCUUUCCAAGGUAACAGUGAUGCAGAGACCCUGGCCCUGGUGACAGCCGCCCAGUGGGAGUUUGACGAGGAUAGCUUUGAUGAGAUUACAGACGAGGCCAAAAAUUUCAUCAGCUCCUUGCUCAACAAGGACACAAGGCGGAGGAUGUCCUGUGAAGAAGGUCUUGCCCACCCUUGGAUGGCAGCAUUUGACUCUAGAGAUCACACCACCACCAAGAAUCUGUCCAAGGAGAAGAUGAAGAGGUUUCUAGCCAGGCAGAAGUGGAAGAAAGCAGGUAAGGCCUUGUUAGCACUGAAGAGAAUGGCUCUGCUGUCUAAGAGUGAUAGCUCUGGAUCUCCUACCUCCCCUGGAGAAGACUCACCACUGAGCCCAGAGGCACAGCACGCCCUCCAGUCUCUUGAGCGCCAGAUGCAGGGCCCACCCAAUUUUACCCAGAGCCCAAAGGACCAGGCUGUAGCUCAGGGAUCCUGUGCCAGGCUUUCAUGUCACCUCACAGGAUACCCUGAUCCAGAGGUGGUGUGGCUAUGUGGUGAAGAGCCUCUGGAGGAGUCAUCAACAGUGCAGAUAGACUACAAGGAAGAUGGGCAGUGCACCCUCGUCCUAGCCAAAGUUGGUCUAGAAGAUGCCAAUGUUUACACCUGCAGGGCUACCAACGACCAUGGGGAGGCAUCACGCUCAGCCAAACUCACUGUUAUGGAGUAGAUUUAUUAUUCUGAUGAAUGCACUCACAAAAAACUGUAUGAACGUAACAUUCUCGAGUGCCUUGAACAGAUGUAUUGUAUAUUCUUGUUUUUAAUUCAGUAAGAACCAAACUGAACAUUCUGUAGUGUGGCUGGACAUGUAUGAAACAUGUAUUAUUGUACAAAAUGUAUGAACAGAUUAAUAUAGUGACAUAGCUGCAAACAUACAUAAAGGUUUAUAUUUCUUCAUGGAA